AUACUCCAAAUUCUUAAUGUAAUUGAUACAGAAUUGAACUCUGUGGAACUAAGUGAGGAGAAAUUAGAUCAAUGCAAGAUUUACUUGUACGUUACUGAUAAAAAAAGGGUUGAAGGGUGUGUAAUCGCUGAACCAAUUACGCAAGCAUACAGAAUUUUACGCGGUGAUAAUAACGGCAUGCUAGUUGAAAAAAUGCAAGUCGGGACUUCAAAUAAUGGAUCUGCGAUUUUUUGCUUUACAAAACCAAUUCAAGCUAUUUGUGGAAUAAACCGAAUAUGGGUAUCCAGGCCACAUAGGAGGAAAGGUAUUGCAACAAAACUAUUAAAUACUGUUAGGGAAAAAUUUACGUAUGGAUGUGUUCUCAGAUCUAGUGAUUUGGCGUUUUCGCAACCAACUGGAGAUGGUCAAGCUUUUGCCACUCAUUAUACUGGCACCAUGGAAUUUCUUGU